AUGAAGUUCCUGUUGUUUACCGCCGUCUGCUGUAAGUGUUUUUCUUUUCGUGUUGUAAUUUUAGGUAUACUGGCCGAAAGGGUGUUUUUCGUAUGUUUACUGUGAUGUACAGUGGCGCUCAAUAAAAAUGGCCACCCCCUCGUUUGGUCGAUAAGUAAAUAUUUCGGUAAUAAUAUUGCAUAUAUUGUAUUCCAUUAUAGUUAUACAAUAAUUUUAACUUAUUUUAUGCAAAAAAAUUUGCAUUAGUUGCAAGUUGCUACUUUUGGCAACGCGAAUUUUCAAUCCAAGGUGUCCAAAAAAAUGGCCAUGUGUACGAGAAAAAACGUUUCUCAACUUUUACUUAUAGAUUCUGAAUGUUUUCCAUAUAUUUAUAUUACUUUGGUAUUUAUAAAGGUAUAAUAGUGAAGCACGGGUCUAUUCAUUUGAUGAAAAAGGCGUAGGAUGAUGAUAUCCAUGUUAUACCAUAAGUGUAGUAAUCAACCUCUAAAACAAAUUUUUUUCAAAUUAUUAAGAGGUUGAAUGCACAAAAACUAUUGAGAAGGCAAAAAGAGGUAGAAGAUCACAAAAAACGAAUAUUAGAGGCAAUACGCAAGUAUAAUAUGGUUAAAGAACGAUCCGUCGACUACUGCAAUGUUGAUCAAAGAAGAAGUUGAGGCUGAAUCGGGCUAAAGGGUUAACAAACAACGAAUCGAAGGUAGAUAUGUUAAAAGGAGACUUUUGAGUUGUGUAUAAACCAAAAAGUCGGUGAGUAUAGCUAAAAACAAAAAAGUCUAGUUUGAAUUUCCACGAGUUCUACUGUUUUAGAUAAUGGACAAUCAGGAAUAGUGAUUGUAUCAAAUGAAAUCAAAUUUGAUGUGAAGGUAUCUAAUAGUAAAAGGUACUUUGGAAGACGCAUUAUCAAAGAAAACAAUCCACAAGUUCUUCGCUCAACUGUGAAGCGCUGUGGAAGCAUUAUGGUUUGAGGUGCUUUGCCUAUAACAAUAUCGGUGUGUUGCAUCAAACUGAAAAAAAUAGAGAUGACUCCAAAUAUCGUGAAACUUUACAAAACGUUGCUGUAGCUUAUUGUCGAUUGUCCAAAUGCAAGAACCUCAUAUUUCAAAACAACUACAAUUUCCAGCACACUUCCGAAGUUGUCAGACCAGUCAUAUUGAAGGAGAAGAUCAUUGAACUUGAGUGGCCAAGUCAAUUUGCAAACUAAACCUGACCAUAAACGUAUUGUAAAUGACUGUAAACAAAGUUAGAAAACGAUUUCAUUAUAUGAAUAUAAAAUUGUGUCAAGUCCGACAGGUAAAUCAUCAAAUUUACCCAUUAUUAUAGUAAAUAAACUGAUCACCUAGGUACCCGCAAUAAGGGUUGAUACCGUUGCCUAAAAUAAUGUGUAACUAAGUUCUAGAUGCUAUUUAGCGUUUAGAAACUGUUUUUGUCUUCUUAAGUUACAUGGUUGGUACGAAAAUAGGAUGUUGUUAUACCCUGGCCAUUUUUUUUGGACACCUUGGAUUGAAAAUUCGCGUUGCCAAAAGUAGCAACUUGCAACUAAAGCAAUUUUUUUUGCAUUAAAUAAGUUAAAAUUAUUGUAUAACUAUAAUGGAAUACAAUAUGUGCAAUAUUAUUACCGAAAUAUUUACUUAUCGACCAAACGAGGGGGUGGCCAUUUUUUUUGAGCGCCACUGUAAAUGUACUGAUUUAUAUCUCAUUAGUUGCGGAUAAGAUAUUUCUACCUUAUCAUGGAUAUUUUUGGCUAAAUUAAGGUAUAAUGACCGAUUUAUGGCUCAAUUUUUCAUUAAAACCCGAUGUUUUAGUGGUCGGCUCGGAUUUUAAGCCAUAAAUUGGGCGUUUUACAAGCUUUUUGAUUUUUAAAAAGCAUACGAUACGUGUCUCUAGUGUAUUUAAUAACGAAUCUGUUUCAGUAGCUUUAAACGUUGGUAUUUCCGCCAUUGAUGUUGCUAUCAAGAACGAGGACGGCACCAGUCCUCAAUAUUGUAUCCUUUUCGAAGGAAACGUCACCGGAUCCAUUGAAUACGAAGUUGAGGUAGGUUGGCUAAGAUGUAUAAUUGUGUUUCAGAGCUAAUUAAAUGUUUGACGGAUCUUUUGGCUUGUGUUUUGGGCUUCAAAUUUGAGUUUUUGGUCGGUAAAGUGGCUUUUUAGGUAUAAAAGCUAAAAAAAAUGUUGUUUAAAGAGAUUUUUAUUGCUUUUGUAAGCUUAAAAGUAGAAGUUUAUAAUUUUUCGAGAGCAUAAAGAACAACAAAGCAAUAUUUUACAUCAAUAUAGGUCUCUUUCGUCAAUCUAAUCCGUCUAUAUCAAUAUAAUUAACUAAAUCUAAAAAAUUUCAGAACUCGACCAAAACUUUCAAUUUCGAAGUCGACGAGAACAGUGUGAACGUGAGCGGCACUUGUGUUGAUGUACAACAGAACGUCUCGGUCCAAGCCUUCAGUGUUGACUUUUUGCCGAAGGGAGCUCCAGUCAACGUUCAACAAUGGAAGUUGUCCGUUCAAUUCGCCCACGACGAACAAAAGACCUUCAAACUGUCGGCUUUGAGCUUGUUCAGUGUCUUGCCAGAGGCAUGGAACUCGACUGGUAAGGUUUUUCGAUGAUUUUUAUAAAAUUUUUAAUUUUUGAGGGGUGGGAGUCAAGUGGAAGAUUUUUAGUGUAAUUUGCACUGAAAAUCUUCCACUGAACUUGCAUUUUUUACAAAUUGUGAAAGCAUUUAUUUUGGGUCAGAACAAACGUUUGAAAAAGUAUUUUUAGGUAUGAAAAUGGGUUAAAAUCGCAAGAACUUUUUUUACAAUAUAAAAAAUGGAAUAAAAAUUCUAAAUUUAAAAAAGAUUGCAAGAACUUUCUUUACAAAUCAAAAAAUGUUAACAUUUUUAAAAAAUUUUAUUAAAAAUCUUAUUUUAGACAAGACCGUCAAGUACGUGUUGGACAGUGCCGAUGAGAUGUGGGAUGCCACCGACCGUAACGGCUUCACCUGUUCCGAAUCUCCCUUCUAUCUGAAGCAAAAGUCCGCCAGUCCAGCCCUGAAAUCGACCGUCAAGUUCGAAAAAGUGCGUGUUUUGGCCUUUGCUCGUCUUCCAACACCAGUAUUCCCCAAAGAUCAGAUCUUCGAACAGUGCAACUUGGACACGAAGACCUCGGAUGUGGUACCAAUAGUGGUCGGUGCUUGUUUGGCCGGUCUUGUCAUCGUAGUCUUGGUGGCUUACCUGAUUGGUCGCGCUCGCGCUCGUCGUCAAGGAUAUGCCUCUGUCUAA